AUGACACGCGCAAGUCGAAAACGUAAGCGCGCCCUGGAGACGCCGGCCGUAUUGGCGGACUUAGGAACCUCGCCCAGCGGUCAAGACCAUCUCCUACGAAAAAGGAACGACCCCAUCGUGAGCCCGCACGAUCUGGACGUUCCGGGUGUGUUCGCCACUGGUACGAUGGAGACGACGAUGUUUUCGUUGCCUGAUACUUCCGAUGGAGACUCGAUCCAGUAUGCUCCUGACGCCGUGUCUGGGUCGUCUCGUAUAGUGCCGAUGGAUCGAGCUAUCACAUCUCUUUCUGACGUCGUGUCGGCAUGGUCGGACACCUCUUCCGUGGCUUCUACACUAGACCUGAGACUCCACGGGUCUGACUCGGAGGAGUCCUCCGUAGGCCAGGCAUCGUCGUCUCCUUCCAGACUACGUCUUCAACCGACGCGUAAAGCAAAGAAGAACGGAAGGCUCGACCAAAGCGCCGACUCCGACUUCUCUAUCUCGCAAGCUUCUUUGGCGUUCGACGUGGUGCCGGGGUCCACGAGGCACCACUCAGGGCAUGACUCGGAUUCGACUCUUUCUUCGACAUGUAGCUCGCCGGGGUUUGAGGUCAUUGAGACCAAAGGUCAUUCGAAAGGACCAAAACGUUGGGAACCAGCAACUUGGCCUGAACAUGUGGAGCGUCUCCACAGCCACAUCACACCAGCCUACUUCAAAUAUGCCUCCGUGUCAGCAGAAAGUAAGCGCAUUGCCAUUUGCAAAAGCUCUUUCCGAGGUGGCCUCGGUCUUGUUGCUACUCGCGCUAUCCCAAAGGACACAAUUAUUGGGGAAUAUUUUGGCAUGAUCGAGGUUUUUGGACCUCCGUGUGCAAAUGGAUACCGAAACAACGGCUACAUGCUUCAUCUGAAGACACCUGCUCAAUCUGGACAGCGUUACGGCAUUGACGCCAGAGAGGCGGGUAGUCUCUUCAGGCAGGCCAAUCACGCCUGUAAUCCCUGUGCUCGCUUCCACGAGGUUCAAACGGGUCGACAUUUGACGGUGGCGGUCGCCACCGUCAGAGAUGUGUUCCCAGGAGAUGAAAUCACGAGAGGUCGAAGAACUGGCUACGCGAAUUACUCCGUGCGAGAGCAGCUUUUACUGUGUGCAAUUGCAGAGAAGAUUGUUCCUACCGGAAGGAACGAGUGGGAGCGUCUGACGAUCCGGUAUAACUCCCGCCGAGGCAGGAGUUCACUUGAGAGAGACUUGGAUUCUCUACGUCGAAAAUUCAAAAAUCUGUAUAACAAGCCAAAACCAUCGGGCAACGGAGAGGUGAAACCUGCGCACAAGGCAAUAAUGUGGGCCAAAAAAAUUCAGAUGACCAUCGAAGAAAAAGCCGGGACGCAUACAUCCUUCGACGGCGUCGAGACUGAAGAAGACGAGGAGAAAGAGAAUCAAAGCCAGAUCAAUCGACCUGCGUCUAGCGGCGGGGCCCCAUUGCCUCACUUGCAUGUAGCUAACGGCUCUCCAGCCAGUAAAGAGAAGAAUGUUGUCUCGCAGCUUGCCCAAUGUUCCCAACAAUCUCAGUCUCCGAUUCCGGAAGCACAGUACUCUGGCAUUGCUAUAACUAGUUCCGGAACGUUUGAUGCUUCCCUUGCUGCGGCUCUCGGCCUCUCCGACUCGGACGAGGACGAAGAAGAGAGAGAAGAAGAACCUUGCGCCAACGAUGUGGAUGGCGAUAACGUCGGUGACUUUCAAACGAGUAUAGACAAUCCGGCCGCUGGUGUUGACCAAUACUGUCGUACUAGCUAUGGAGAGUUGUCACCGAAUCCCGACGCAAACACCACAUUUCGGCCUCAAGGGGUCACUGAAGAAGUCCCACAGAGAAGUGCGGGUCGUCCGCCGAAGCCGACGCCUACCACGCCACCUAUUACUUCUCCGGACGGAGCAGUGUUGUUUCGUGACCCAGGGCGUGCUGUAGCCGACGCUCGCGAGAAAGCUCGCAACCCCCGUCUCUCCAGUGUCAGCAAUCGACUCGGAGGCCAAGAUCUUACAGCUGUGAGAGACAACAUCGAAGAGCUGACGAAACGCACAAAGACCGCGAAGCGUAUCGAAAACCUUGGAAAGCAGAUUACCGGGUUAGAGGAGGCACACGGAUCCGAUAACAACGACAUGACGCGCCUUUUGAUAUUUUACCGUGCAGAGAGCGACCGAAAAGCCGAAACAGCGGAGCUACGGCGCCAUGAAGAGAAAGCUCAGAGAGACGCUGUCGAAAAGAGGGAAAAGGAAGAAAGAGAGCGCGCGAGGCAGGAUGAGAGUGAUCGCCUUCGAGAAGAGAGAGCAGAUCGACUUGCACGAGAAGAGAAGUGGAAGGCCGAGAAGGAGGAAAACCGUCGCCAAUUCGAGGCGCGAAUGGAGCUCGAACGCUCUGAGGCCCGAGAGCGACAUUCCGAAAUGAUGAUGAUGCUCGCAAAGCUUAUCAAGAAUACGAAUCUGACUGAUACCGACGACGAACGGCGCGCUCUACCUUUCCAGAAGGAAGAGAUACCCACACGGAAAUUCUUGCCAUCGAUGAAGCCCCAACAAUACUGCAGCAAAGGUUGGCGCUGGGCCACCAUCUCGGCACAUGCUCUUUGA